GUUAGUGGCAAUAAUAAUACAUUAUAGAAAAAUCUGUAAUGGCUUAAUUUUACCACAAAUUUUUCUGCAUGAUGUAUCACCGAUGUUACAUUCAAAUUUUAUUUAAAUAAAAAAUUGUUUACACUAAGGAUUUUUUAUUUACUUUUACGGUAACAUAUGGACGAACAUCCAACGAUAGGAAUUUUUGUACAUAUAAUAAAAAUAUCAUGAUACCAAGGAUUACAAUUUGUAAAAUUGUAAUUUGUAAAUUGUAAAAACAGUUGUUAUAGAUGGCACUAUAAAACUAUCAACCACUUUUUCUAUGACGUGUGAAACAAUAAAUAUCAAUUACGAAAACAGUAGUCAAAAAUUAUUGUUUUAGAAUACUGAUUUAAAAGAAACACAAUUAACAAUUUGGCAUUGUAGAAAAAUAUACUUAAUCGUAAUUUGGGCGACCUUUUUACAUUUUUGUGCAAUGCAAAAUAUUCAUCUUUCAAGUGGCUAUGUUAUGCCCCUCAUCGGAUUUGGAACUUACAAAAUUCAAGGAAGAGAUACUAUAUAUCAAGUUGUUGAUGAAAGUUUAAAAGCAGGUUUUCGUUCUAUUGACACAGCUGUAGUAUAUAGAAAUGAAGGAGAUAUUGGUUAUGCUUUAAAAAAUUUAUUAUCAAAAUAUAAUCUUGAGAGAGGUGAUAUUUUUAUCACAACUAAACUUUCGCCAAGUGAAAAUGGAAACCCAAAAGGAAUAGAACAGUCUGUAAAAAAAUCUAUUGAAGCACUUAAUACUACAUACCUUGAUCUAUAUUUAAUUCAUUGGCCAGGUGCAACUCGUAUACCAGAAAAUUCUACAAAUAAUCCAAAUUUACGUGCAAAAACUUGGAAUAAACUUGUAGAAUUACAAAAGCAAGGCCUCAUAAGGUCCAUAGGGGUAUCAAAUUAUACUAUAGGGCAUCUGGAAGAAUUGUUGAAAGAUUGCAAAGGUAUAUCACCAGCUGUAAAUCAAGUUGAGUGUCAUCCACAUUAUCGACAAACAGAAUUGAUUAAUUAUUGCAAUGAAAAAGGCAUACACGUACAAGCGUAUUCUUCUCUAGGAACUAGUAGUAAUUCCAAUUUGUUAAAAGAUCCAGUUGUAAUCAAAAUAGCUUCGCAACUUAAUGUAUCUCCAGCACGAUUACUAUUAAAAUGGGCUUUGCAGCAAGGAAUUGGUAUUAUUCCUAAAGCAGUGAGAAAGGAACAUAUAAGAGAUAAUAUACAACUAAAUUUUACUAUUGAUGAAGAAGAUAUGAAAGCUUUGUCUUCUUUAACUCAAAAUAAAUAUGCUUGGGAUCCAUCUAAUGUGUGCUAACCAAUGAAGAAGUAAUUUAUUACAUGUUGCAAUGCUUUGUAUAGAAAAAUAUACAAAGCUUGGUAAAAAUGGAAAACCAUCAGAAAAAGAAUGGACUGUACUGUCCGGUAUAGUCUUGAAAAGACAAAAUGAUUCGUUAUCAUUAGUAGCCCUCGCAACUGGAAC